AUGGGUUCUGAGGAUGAUGAAAGAGCACUUUUGGAAGCUAAUAUUUUUCAGAAUGAAGGCAGUGGCCUCUACGCCGGAGAUGGUUCAGUUGACUCAAAGGGGAAGCCUGCUCUCAAAAAUGAUACUGGACAGUGGAAAGCAUGUUCCUUCAUUCUUGGUACCUUUUUCUGCGAACGCUUGGCCUUCUAUGGGAUUUCUACCAAUCUUGUCAACUAUUUCAUCGAGAAACUACACGAAAAAACUGUUGUUGCUUCAACAAAUAUUACUAAUUGGAAAGGAACUUGCUAUAUUACACCCCUCAUUGGGGCCAUCUUAGCUGAUACUUAUUGGGGAAGAUAUUGGACAAUUGCUGGUUUCACCACAGUCUACUUAAUUGGAAUGUGUACACUGACUCUCUCAGCAUCCGUCUCAGCACUGAAGCCUGCUGAAUGUGUUGGUUCUGUAUGUCCUUCAGCUACUACUGCACAAUAUGCAGUGUUCCUCACUGGACUAUAUCUGAUUGCAUUAGGGACCGGCGGGAUCAAACCUUGUAUAUGGCCUUUUGGGGCGGACCAGUUUGAUGAUACCGAUCACAAGGAAAGGGUGAAGAAGGGAUCCUAUUUCAACUGGUUUUACUUUUCUCAAAACAUUGGUGCUAUUAUAGCAAGCAGUGUACUGGUGUGGAUUCAGGACAAUGUUGGUUGGGGAAUUGGAUUUGGAAUUCCUACAGCGCUUAUGGGUGUUUGUAUUGCAAGUUUAUUGAUAGGCACACCUCUAUAUCGAUUUCAGAAACCAGGCGGAAGCCCUCUAACAAGAAUAUGCCAAGUUUUGGUUGCAUCAUUCCGCAAAAGGAAUCUAAAGGUGCUUGAGGACAACAGUCUCCUUCAUGAAACACAAGACAGAAGCUCUGCCAUUGAAGGGAGUCGUAAACUGGAGCACAGCAAUGAGCUAAGGUGCCUUGAUAAAGCUGCCGUGAUAUCAAAUGCUGACAUUGAACAUGGGGACUUGUGUAAUCCAUGGAGGCUUUGUACCGUUACACAGGUGGAGGAACUGAAGAUUUUGAUCCGCAUGUUUCCAAUAUGGGCAACAGGAAUUGUGUUUUCUGCUGUGUUUGCCCAAAUGUCCACACUAUUUGUGGUACAAGGGAAGCUGAUGAAAAGAACUCUGGGUUCUGUCACCAUUCCUGCAGCAUCUCUUUCAUUUUUUGAUUUCAUAAGUGUUAUUAUCUGGGUCCCCAUCUACGAUAGCAUAAUCAUCCCAGUCGUUAAAAAGUUUACAAGCAAGGAGGGGGGCUUCUCGCAGUUGCAACGGAUGGGAAUUGGGUUGUUUGUAUCGAUUCUAUGUAUGGCAGCUGCUGCAUUGGUAGAGAUUAAGCGAUUGCAGCUUGUCACGGAGCUUGGAUUGGAAGACGAAAAGGUUGCUGUACCGCUUAGUAUACUUUGGCAAAUUCCCCAGUACUUCUUGUUGGGCGCUGCGGAAGUUUUUACGUUCAUUGGACAGCAUGAGUUCUACUAUGAGCAAGCUCCAGAUGCCAUGAGGAGUUUGUGCAGUGCGUUGUCUCUUCUCACAAAUUCACUGGGGAAUUACCUCAGCUCUCUCAUUCUGACAAUUGUAACUUACAUCACAACAAAGGGUGGGAAGGCUGGAUGGAUUCCAGAUAACUUGAAUGAAGGCCAUCUUGAUUAUUUCUACUGGCUUUUAGCUGGACUCAGCUUCUUAAAUUUGGUGGUGUACAUGGUCUUUUCCAGAAACUACAAAGAGAAGAAGGCUGCUGCUGCUUAA